GCAACAAUUUUUUAACAUCCUGUGUAAUUCAUAUCUCAGUAUAUCGACAGCUAUUUAUUGUGGUAGGGGGUUUAAAGAAUAAUAGAACAGGGAAUACGCAAGGAAUGACAAAACAAUAUACCAUGUGAUACAUUUGUUGUUUUGAUGUACUCAUCCAUGACCAUAUUAAUAUUUAAAUACUUAACCGCACUACGAACGGGUGGAAAAGUCGAACUUUUAAAUUACGCAAGCCUAGGAUUUGUUUUAAAUAGAUCACAACUGUUUACUUUUUAACGCUUUAGUCAAGUAUGCGAGAUGUCUCGAGUCCUGAUCGUCAUGUUCGGGAUUGAUUUAGUUCAAGGACUGUUUCCAUUUACGGACUACAAUGUCCGUCUCCAGUUUAAUGAUGUCAAAGUUAAUGUUACACACUUAAGAGACAGAGAAAUACGAUCUGCUGAUUCAUCUGAACAAAGUGUCAUAUCCUUUUACAUCAAAGAUGAAUUAAUAGAAUUCAAACUAACAAGUAACAGGGGAUUACACAAAAACGUGCCAGUAUAUACAACUGAUAAUAAGGGCAGCGUAAAAAUACAGCAUUUAUCACAGCCGGAAAGUAAACAACAGGUCAAAUUUUAUCAAGAUGCUACAAAACAUAGAGCAGCUUUUAUUAUGAUACAAAAUUCUUCCUCACAAUGCAUGACAGGAGUGUUUUUACACAGAAAAAAUGAGUAUCUAAUUGAGCCAGAACCAAAAGCCUGUUUGUCUGACUCUGGCGGAGAUAUAAAAUACAAGGUUGUACAGUUAGACCAGACACGCCAUACCUUUUCAGAUCCAAUUCUGCCAAGUAUGAACCCAGAAAAUUGGCAGCAUAACACGAGAAAAAGACAUAGGCAUAGGAGACAAAUAAACGACUAUGAAAUAGAGAUGUUUUUUAUCAUUGAUUAUGCCAUUUAUGAAUACUGGUAUACACAGAGUAAAGCAAGUGGAACGAGAGAGAGGGAUGAAGAUGCUAAAAAUAACAUAAGACAAUUCUACUCUUUCGUCAUAAAUGGGAUGGACGUUCGUUUUAAAAACAUCCAAACUUCUGCGUUCAAAAUUUCUAUUGUAUUUUCUGGUAUUUAUAUCGCUGACGCACCUUCUAAAUCAGAGUUUACAGAAAAGUUUAAAGUUUCUACAACUUCCGGGUACCAAGUAGACUCCAAUAACGUUCUCAACGCUGUGACGUCAUGGGUUAAAGUAACCCCCGGUCUGCCAAAAUACGACCAUGCUAUGAUGUUUACACGAUACGAUUUUACCAGUAGUGGAUCUGCGGAUACUACAGGACUUGCCUGGCUAGGAACUCUAUGUACAGAUCAAGCUGUCUCAGUGGUAGAGGACCACUUUAAUUUCAACGCCAUCACAGUGGCAGCACACGAGCUAGGACACGGAUUAAGUGCAAAGCACGACGGAGAUGGAAACACCUGCAAUGGUGCUGAUGCUUACGUCAUGGCCCCCAGUACCACUCCUGUGGAUAACCAAAAUCCAUGGAAAUUUUCCACGUGUUCCACAAAUUAUUUCAUCAACUUCAUCAAUAAGCUUAACCGGAACAAUAAUAACUGUAUGAGUGUCUUAAGUCCAAACUUCAAUCCUGACGCAUUAAAGCAAUAUACAGCGCUCCCUGGUGAGAUAUAUGAUGCAGAUGAACAGUGCAGACGUAUUGUGGGUCCAAACUCUGGAUUAUGUAAGAGUAUAUACAGGCAAAACUUUGCGUCUUUGUGCACAAAAUUAUGGUGCACGAGGGGUGAUGGAAGUAAUGGUUGCGUCUCGGCAGUAGGGGGAGAUGGUAUUCAAUGUGGGAACAAAAAGUGGUGUAUUUCUGGUGUCUGUAAAUUUGAUGAAUGUGCGCCCCCAGGUGACGAAUCUUGUUUGUAUGGAGAUAGAGAGGGUGUUGCAAUCACGUUUAAUGGAGUGGAGACCACGUGUUCCUUUGAAGAUAUAAAGAGAAAUCCAAGCGUUUGCUACUCAGUAAAAGACACUUGUUGUCGACAGUGCAGAAAUUUCUAUACUGGAAUAAUAGGCUGUGAAUAUGGAGACAGAGCAAAAGGCUGUAGUAAGUCCAUUUGUCCAUGGAACCCUAGUCGUUGUUGUGGAACAUGUUUCAAUGGAACAUUGAGUACACCGUCCUAUGAGCCAUCAACAACACAAAAGAUCCUUAAUGUUUGUAAGAUGAGAGUCACAACACCUUCUUCUCCAAGCAAUACAGAAGGGAUCCAUACCUACUUUAUCUACGGUGGUGCAGCUGCUGUCAGUCUGAGUCUACUAAUUGUUAUCUGCAUCUGCAGUAUUUAUCAUAAACGAAAGCAGGAACCUAGAAAGGUUCCGAAGUCCAAACUCCAUGGUUUUUCAAAUCCUGCUAUAGGAUAUAUACUAAAGCAACAAAGUGAAAGUAAAAUGCUUCGAGUAUUGAUUUUGAUGUUAGGAAUUGAUUUUACCAUUGGAAUAUUUCCGCAUUCUAGAAAUAGGGGAAACAACAAAGUCGACGAUGUCAUAGUGAAGAUUAGAGGACUUAGUGAUGAUGGUAUAAAAUUAACAAAUGGUUCCAAGCAUUUAUCGCUGUCCGUCAACAUCAGUAAUGAUUUUAUAGACUUUGAUCUGACCUGGAAUCAAAAACUACAAACAAAUACACCUAUAUACACAACUAAUUCAAAAGGAAUUGUAAAGAUUCAACGUAUUCAACAAUCAAAGGAGGUCAGAUUCUAUCAGGACGUGAGAAAUGGAGCAUCCUUUAUGAUUAUGUCCAAUAAUUCCUACUCAUGCAUGACAGGGAUAUUUCUAUACAGAAAAAGUGAGUUUAUACUGGAACCUGAAUUAGAAGAUUGCCUCCAGGUCAACGAUAGAGACAAAAAGUACAAGAUCACAGAAGUGGAGAGGUCACAUGCAUCGUUUGCUGAUGCUUUGAAACCAACAGGGUUGGACCAAGGUGGACGUAUCCAUGGUAUAAAGAGCAGAAUAAACAGGAGAAGAAGACAAAUAAAUCACUACAAAAUAGAGUUGUUCUUUAUCAUCGAUUACUCCAUCUAUUCGUAUUGGUAUGCACAAAGCAAAGCCUCAAAUGUAACUUCCAAAGAUGAAGAGGCGAAAGAAAGUAUCCGACAGUUCUACUCUUUUGUUAUCAAUGGGAUGGACGUUCGUUACAAAAAUAUCCAAACCUCUUCCUAUACAAUAUCAAUUCUGUUUUCUGGAAUAUACAUUGCUGACAAUGCCUCAAAAUCCACCUUCACAGAAAAUAACAAAAUUUCAUCAGUGUCUGGUACACAAGUUGACUCUAAUGUAGCACUCACAGCCGUGACGUCAUGGUUACAGGAAACUUCCGGGUUACCUCAAAAUGAUCACGCAAUGAUGUUUACAAGAUACGACUUUACUAAGGAUGGUUCUCCAGACGUGGCAGGGUUAGCCUGGCUUGGAGCUGUAUGCACGACCAAGUCUGUAUCCGUAGCGGAGGACCACUUUGAUUUUAACGUUAUCACGACUGCAGCUCAUGAAUUAGGACAUGGAUUGAGUGCUGAGCAUGACGGAAGUAACAAUGCUUGCAGUGGUAACGAUGCCUAUAUAAUGGCCGCAACCUCUGUUCCGGUGGAUAAUCAAAAUCCCUGGAAAUUUUCCAUAUGUUCCACCAAUUAUUUCACGUCCUUCAUCGACAAAUUGAACAGGGAAAACAACAACUGUAUGACGGUCUUAAGUCCAGAGUACAAUCCUGACGCACUAAAACAGUACACAGCGCUCCCUGGAGAGAUAUUCGAUGCUGACGCACAUUGUCGACAUAUUGUCGGCUCAGUAUCUUCAUUUUGUAAGGGACUUUACAACCAAAACUUCACAUCCAUCUGUACGAAAUUAUGGUGUAGAAAGACUGAUGGGAGUGGUUUGUGUGUCUCAACCGUGGGUGGAGACGGACUUCAAUGUGGAAAUAAAAAAUGGUGUAUCGCUGGUGUGUGUAAAAGCGAUGAAUGUGCACCUCCUGGGGACGAAUCGUGUUUGUAUGGAGAUAGAGAAGGCAAAGUCAUCGAGUUCAAUGGAAAUAAUGUAACCUGUUCCUUUGAAGACAUAAAGAAAUACCCUUUCCUUUGCUACGACAUAAACACGCAAUGUUGCCGACAGUGUCAAAACUUCUAUACCGGAAUAACAGGAUGUGAGUAUGGAGACAGAACUUCUGGCUGCUUAUCAAUACACUGUCCAAACAACCCCGAUGUCUGCUGUGGAACAUGUUACAAUGGACCAGCAAUAACGACGCCAUCAGAGGAACCAACAACACAAAGGUACCAAAACCCGUGUAGAACAACAGUAAAGCUUACAACUACUGAACAAACAACCUCGGUAUCAUCCAAAACAACACAAGCACCAUUAACAACAACAAAAGAAACGAUAACUACAGUACAAACAUCUUCAAAAUCAUCGACCACAAUUUCAUCAUCCCUGAUAACAACUGUAGCAUCAUCAGCAACAACAAAGAGUAUCGAAUCGCAGACAACAACCAGAUCACAAAGUUCAACAGCACAUACUGCAACACCUUCCACAGCGAUGGAGACAACGACAAUACAAAAAGUAAAUCUUCCAGGAGGUAUUUUAGAAAGUAAGUUGCUUGACUAUUAUUAA